AUGGUGAUCAUAAACCCGAUUUUGGAAAGGGACGAAUCAAAAGAUGACGUCAUCUGGAAUGCAGCUGUGGUCAUUUCUCAAACAGGGAAAAUCAUCGGUAAAACACGGAAGAAUCACAUCCCCAGAGUUGGCGAUUUUAACGAGUCGACCUACUACAUGGAGUCGUUCUUCAGACGAUUUACAGGAAAGAUUGCCAUCAACAUCUGCUACGGACGUCAUCAUCCUCAAAACUGGAUGAUGUAUGGUCUAAACGGCGCCGAAAUCAUCUUUAAUCCUUCUGCCACUGUUGGCGCGUUGAGUGAACCACUGUGGAGAAUUGAAGCCCGACAAUGCCAGCUAUCGCGAUCACUGUUUCACAAGCUUGCCAAUAAUCGAGGGGCACUUAAGUUUCGCCGGAAAGCGAUGGUUUAUCACGUACUAGAGAUUGGAGUACUUGUCGUAGAGCUUGACCUCAAUCUUUGCCGACAAACAAAGGACAGCUGGGGCUUCAGGAUGACGAACAGGCUGGAUCUAUACGCAGAUAGUUUCACGAAGGCUGCUCAACCUUACUACAAACCCGAUAUUCGAAAGGAAACCUAA